AGUACUACUACAUCAACAACAACCACACCAACUACAACUUCAACAACAACACCAACUACAACUAGAACAUCAACAACAACCACACCAACUACAACUACAACUUCAACAACAACACCAACUACAACUACUAUAUCAACAACAUCCACACCAACCACUACUACAUCAACAACAACCAUACCAACUACAACCACAACAUCAACAACAACCACUCCAGCAACAACUUCAACUACUACUACAACCAAGCCUACAACUACAACCUCGCCUUACUACAGCAGUUCCAGCUCUUCCUACAGUUUCAUCAGCUCCAGCAACAGUGUGUCAAGUAGUUCUAUCUAUAGUCUAUCAAGUCCUAAAGAAACUACAACAACUCCAAAGACAACUACCACUACAAACCCUCCUACCACCACUACAUCAACAACAAGAGCAACCACACCGACUACAACAACAACUUCAACAACAACCUCUCCAACCACUACAACAUCAUCAACAACAACAAGCACACCAACCAGUACUACUACAUCAACAACAACCACACCAACUACAACUACAACAACACCAACUACAACUACGACAUCAACAACAACCACACCAACUACAACGUCAACAACAACAUCUCCAACCACUACUACAUCAUCAACAACAACUAGUACUCCAACUAGUACUACUACAUCAACAACAACCACACCAACUACAACUACAACUUCAACAACAACAACUACAACUAGAACAUCAACAACAACCACACCAACUACAACAUCAACAACAACAUCUCCAACCACUACUACAUCAUCAACAACAACUAGUACUCCAACUAGUACUACUACAUCAACAACAACCAAACCAACUACAACUUCAACAACAACACCAACUACAACUAGAACAUCAACAACAACAACACCAACUACACCUACUAUACACAACAUCCACACAACCACUACUACAUCAACAACAACCAUACCAACUACAACCACAACAUCAACAACAACCACUCCAGCAACAACUUCAACUACUACUACAACCAAGCCUACAACUACAACCUCGCCUUACUACAGCAGUUCCAGCUCUUCCUACAGUUUCAUCAGCUCCAGCAACAGUGUAUCAAGUAGUUCUGUCUAUAGUCUAUCAAGUCCUAUAGAAACUACAACAACUCCGAAGACAACUACCACUACAACCCCUCCUACCACCACUACAUCAACAACAAGAGCAACCACACCGACUACAACAACAACGUCAACAACAACCUCUCCAACCACUACAUCAUCAACAACAACAAGCACUCCAACCAGUACUACUACAUCAACAACAACCACACCAACUACAACAACAACACCAACUACAACUACGACAUCAACAACAACCACACCAACUACAACAACAUCAACAACAACACCAACUACAACUACGACAUCAACAACAACCACACCAACUACAACAACAUCAACAACAACACCAACUACAACUACGACAUCAACAACAACCACUCCAACAACUACUAAAACUUCAACAUCAACCACUCUUACUACAACUACCACCCCUCCAACCACUACUACAUCAUCAUCAACAAGCACUCCAACCAGCACUACUACAUCAACAACAACCACUACUAAAACUUCGACAACAACAACCACUCCAGCAACAACUACGACAUCAACAACAACCACUCCAGCGACAACUACGACAUCAACAACAACCACUCCAGCGACAACAUACGACACCAACAACAACCACUCCAGCAACAACUACGACAUCAACAACAACCACUCCAGCAACAACUACGACAACAACAACUCCAGCUACAACUACAACAACUACAACCAAGUCACCUUACCACAGCAGUUCAAGCUCUUUAUACAGUUUCAGCAGUUCAAGCCCUUCCACAAGUUCCUGCGUCUCGAGCAGUUCAUCGCAUAGCAUUUCAAGCCCCAGUGCAGUCGAAACUACAACUACCACUACGCCAGCUGCUACGACUACAACUACCACUCCAACGACAACAACAACAACCACUCCUACCUCUACUACUACCAGAACAUCUACUUCGACAACCACUCCAACAA